GGUCAGACGAAAAGAUGGCGGCAAAAACAAGCGUGUGUAAACUGACGGAGAAGGUGUGAGUGGAUGACAUGAGUACAGGAGAAUGAAGAAGCGCCAACCCUCAUUCUUACAGAGAUGGACCACAGAGAACAACAGACUUGUUCAACAAUACCUGACAGAAGACCACAAUGGACUCACAUUGCAGUCAGAAUUCCAGAGACUUGUGAAGGAGAUACAGGGCCUGCCACCUAGGAUCCCAUCCCUGUGUGUGGAGCUACCGGUGGUCUUCAACCUGUGCUACCUGCAAUACACCAGUAAACCUCAAGGGGGAGCUGAUCUGAGCACAGCACUUUGUGGUGCAUUGCAAAGAGUUCUGAGAGCCUCCCAGUCAGGACAGGCAGUGCUGACAGUGGAGAGGUUACUGAACCCUGACCCUGAUGUUACUGUACUGCUCAAACAUGUCAUACAACUGGCACAAGGCACAGACCUUGUAGAACCUGUGUGUUUGCUUGCCACCCUCCUGGCCCUGAGGUUGCUGGGAAGUCAGAGAGACAAAUCCUCAGCUAUACUCCAGACUGUCAAGACAUGUAAGACUCAAACAUCCUCUGAAUCAGAAGGAAACACUGCAGCAUCAGGGAAAGGGUGUGUCAUACAGCCUCAUCUCAUACCAAGCUGUGUCCUGGGGACAGAUGAAGACAGCAGAUGUCAGCAUCCACCAGUUGAGUACCUGCUGGCCUGCUGUUACUACCUGGAUGGGAACACAGCUGUGUGCCUUCAGGAGCUGGAGAGACCAGCAGCAGACCAACAGUUUCUUCCUGCAUCUUAUCUGAAAGGCUAUGUGCUGUAUGGUGAGAAGAGGUAUGAAGAGUCUAUCCUGGCCCUCCAGGACUGCCUGAGCUCUCCAGUGUUAGACAUGUGCUCCAAGGCCAGGGUACUCAACCUCAUGGGCUGCUGCUGUGCACAACAGGGUAAACCUCACACAGCCGUCCAGCUGUUCAGGGAAGCCCUGCAGUGUGACUUCUCCCUCCACAUGGCCCUGUACAACAUCUCCCUGCAGUACCGAGCUCUGGGGCUAGGGGAUGUCGAGCUGGAAACACUCAACUUGUUAGUCACUCUUUAA